CGCCCGCCGAGCCGGGCCUGGGCUGCGCCCCGCGCCCCAGCCCCGCAGCGGGCGCCCCGCCGGCCCAGGACCCGCGAGCGCACGGGACCGCCUGGCCAGGCAUGUUGAGGCAAGGUCACGGUGAGAAGGUGACCAUGUGCACACCAGGAAGAGAGCCCUCAUCCAAAUCAAAGCCUACCAGAUCUUAAUCCGGGACUUCUAGCCUCCAGAACCAUGAGAGGUGGACAGAGAUCCUGUUGCAGAAGCCACCCCUAGCAGACCGAGACACACGUAUGGACAGAAAAAAAGAAAUCCAUCAGCACAGAAAGCGAGGACCUGAGCAUCCCACCCCCAGCCCUGGGGCUCUGUAUUUGGAUUGUGGCUUUUGGCAGGACUUUUCUCCAUCUGGAUCUGCUACAGCUCAGCCCUAGAGCUGCACUCUCUGCAGCAUUGUCCACCACAGCCAAGGGGAUGGAGACAAGCCAAUUAGCCAUCCGUGGAUACGGGUAGACCAAACACGGCACACACUGCGCUGGAAUACUGCUCAGCCUUAACGGGGAAGGAGCUCCUGACACCUGCCACAACGUGGAUGGACCCGGGGACGCCACGCCCAGUGAACGGCCGCAGGUGCCUGCGCUCGGGGAGAACGCUCUCGGCCUCGCGGCGCCCAGCCACUGCCCCGCCUCCUGCAGCGGCCGACCCGGACUGCCAGCCCCCCAGGGGCCCUUACGUCGUGGUGACCACUCCGACCGCAGGGGUGGAAAAUGGUACCAGUCAAGCCCGAGCUGGAGGAGCCCGCCGCCGCAGCCCUGACAUGGAGGACCCCACGCCUGAGCCUGUCUACGUGGAUGUGGACAAAGGGCUGACCCUGGCCUGCUUCGUCUUCCUCUGCCUCUUCCUCGUGGUGAUGAUCAUUCGCUGCGCCAAGGUCAUCAUGGACCCUUACAGCGCCAUCCCCACGUCCACCUGGGAGGAGCAGCACCUGGACGACUGAGGUGCGGGCGCAGGGGGACCUCCACGUCCCCUCGC